ACGUACCAUAACGACUGAGGUAAAGUAGGUCAACAUUGGAUUGCGUGCACAGCUCGAUACGUCAUAACAAGUCUUUCAUUUGCGUGUGUUGUUUAUGCUGCUGAUCUUUCCCUGCCAUGGAUGACAAUGCCAUGGAUUCACUAGACAGUGGUGUGAGUAGUGGACCGGGUAUGUCUAUGGGUAUGGAUUUGGGUGGCAUGGGAAUGACGAGCCCCAUCUCCUCUGUCGGCUCUGUUUCACCUUUGACCUCUCCUGAUAUCAAACCUGACAUAUCGGCGCUCUCUGUCACCUCACCGCCUGGCCAGUACUUCAGCUAUGGAAUGCACCCCGGGAUGGCCAACUCAACUGGUGCGGGUUCCAUACACUCGCCUCCUCUACAUUCACCCUCCUCCUCCGUCACAUCACCCUCCAUGAUGUCAAUAGGGUCCCCUGGGUCUGUAGGAUCACCCCCAAACCCACACAUGCCCCACACUACUCUAAGUAACAAACACAUCUGUGCGAUAUGUGGGGACAGAGCAUCUGGAAAACACUAUGGGGUAUACAGUUGUGAGGGUUGUAAGGGAUUCUUCAAGCGUACAGUAAGGAAGGACCUGACAUACGCGUGUAGGGACGACAGAAACUGCAUGAUUGACAAACGCCAGAGGAACCGAUGUCAGUACUGCAGAUAUAUGAAGUGUCUGAAUAUGGGCAUGAAAAGAGAAGCAUGCAUCUCUUCUUCCUCAGCGGUGCAAGAGGAGCGGCAGCGCAACAAGGAGAAGGGUGAGGCGGACAACGACUCCUCCGUCAACGCAAACGCGGACAUGCCUGUGGAGAAAAUACUCGAUGCUGAGCUUGCUGUGGAGCCAAAAACAGACACCUACAUUGACGCACAGAAAGACGCUGUGACGAAUAUCUGCCAGGCAGCAGAUAAGCAGUUGUUUACACUGGUUGAGUGGGCAAAACGUAUCCCACAUUUCACAGAACUGCCCCUCGACGACCAGGUUAUACUGCUACGUGCAGGCUGGAAUGAACUGCUGAUAGCUGCGUUCUCUCACCGUUCCAUCUCCGUAAAGGACGGGAUUCUACUGGCAACAGGCCUACACGUUCAUCGUAGCAGCGCGCACCAGGCCGGUGUUGGGACAAUCUUCGACCGCGUACUCACAGAGCUUGUUUCCAAGAUGCGGGAGAUGAAGAUGGACAAGACCGAGCUCGGCUGUCUGCGUUCAAUUGUUCUCUUCAACCCAGAUGCCAAGGGCUUAACGAGUGUACAAGAAGUGGAACAGCUACGAGAGAAAGUAUAUGCUUCACUGGAAGAGUACUGCAAAAAUCGAUACGUUGACGAGCCUGGCCGCUUCGCAAAGCUUCUUCUGCGCCUGCCUGCGCUAAGAAGCAUCGGGCUCAAGUGCUUAGAACAUUUAUUCUUCUUCAAACUGAUCGGAGAUACUCCAAUAGACACGUUCCUAAUGGAGAUGCUGGAGACGCCCAGUACUGCAUCUUGAUUGGAUAAGGAUGCCCAGUACUGUCUCAUGAUUGGCUGAUUAAGCCCAGUACUGCCUCCUGAUUGGCCCUCAGAUGUGUGACUGUUGCACAUUGAGAUUGAGAAGGUUGAUGUUUUUCUAUUGUUUAUGGGAGUUUGCUGUUGAAGGAUAGCUGUAGUGGAUGGAGUUCUCUUUUAUUGACAGCUGAGAUAUUUUCAUUUGAGGAAAUCAACACGUUUAACCAUUGUCCAAAAUGACUUCUAUUUCUUUCAUGUAUGUAAUCAAGCCCUCAAAAAAUCCUCAUGUGGAUGUUGUAGUCAUUCACAAGUCUGUAAUGUUUGGAUUUGAGAUGAUGUGAUCAUGUUAUAAUGAUUAUGUUUGAAUCACAGUCAAAUUUUGUGAUUUACUUGUUAAGUCAACUUACAAGGAUAAGGAUCAUACAUUUAAAUUGAAUAGUUAUGGUCUAAUUUUCCUAACCUUUUAAUGCAUAAUUGUCAUAAAAUCAAUUUCAUGUGCUAAAUAUAUUUACUGCAAUGAACAUGUAUAGAAACACCGAAGAAUUCUAUAUAAACUUAUCCUAUCACUAAUUAUAAUGACAGCUUUGCUCAUAAAUCUCACUUGAUAUUAAAAACAUAAAACUAAUGCUUAUAUUCAUGAUAUAUAAACAGCUGUUCAUGAAAACACUCGAUGGUUUACUGCUGGAUAUUUUUUAUUAAUGAGACGUUGUCUGCGUAAACAAGUUCUGAAGAGGUAAAAAUGACAUCUUAAAUAUUGUACCCCAUUAGCAGGUAAUGGUUCUGCUUUUAUUAAAUUUUUUUUACAAAAACCUAUCUAAAUUUAACACAAUGUUCAAAAAAUACAUUAACAUCUAAUAGCUCUUAUAUGUUCAAUGUUUGAUGAUGAUGCAAAUGACUUCACAGGAUUCAUUCCUGCAGGCAAAGUCACAUAUAAAUUGCUUAAUAACAUAUAUGAAGAGUUCAAAUUAAGUAACUGUUUACGUUAAAUUAAUAUAGCAGAGCAGUUUUGAAAUAAAAUUAAAAUUUCUUAUUCAGAAGCAUAUGUAAAAUGUUGAAAUUAGCUUUACAUGUAAUGAUAAGCUUUUUUUUCUUCUUUAAUUUUUGACUCAUUUCAUAAUAAUUUUUGACUCGUUUCAUAACCACAGGAAUGCCAUUAACAAUUUAAAUACAUUUAAAAUCAAUUAAAUAUCACUACGAGAGAUUAAUUGUAAUUGAUUAAAAAACGCAACAAAAAUUAAUUGUUAUGUAACAAUAUAUAACAGCCAAUCUUGUUAACGUAUGGAAGUGCUAUGUUACAUUUGAUUUUAGAGGUUUUAUUAUUAUAAUUAUAAUGUUGUUUAUUCUCUUAUAUGUAUAUACUUAAAACAUGUUUUGUGUAGAAAUGAUAUUUUAAUGGAGAAGUUUGUUAUAUACAUUUUACUGUUGUGAUAAAAAUUCUUGUUAACAAGUGUUACAAAGGCUUUUGUACAUAUAUAAUAAGAGUGUGUGAUCAUGAAACCUUGUGGCGUAAACGUACAGUGAAUUACUUCUAGCUCACUGAUUGGUUACAUAAAAACCAUAGGGGGCAGUAUUGGUCAGGGGCUGUGAAAACAAAUUUAAGUUUGAUAAUUAUUUAUUCUUGGUCAUAAUGAGAUGUAUUUUGCAAAAAAAUAAGUAAGACUGGUCAGAUUGCCCAAGAAUGUAAUAUUUUUAUUAUGAUAUGUCAUCAGCCGAUUGCGGGUGUUUUUCUUUGUCUCCUAGGCAAAACAAGUACAGAUGUGUUUAAUCUUAUAGAGCUAUUGAAAUAAUUGAAACCUAAGAACUAAAAGGGGAUUUCACUCACAAGGGAUGUAACUCGACCCCCUAGUCCACGGCAUAAAGUUCAAGCAUUUUAACUUUCAGCUGUGGUUACCCUAGAUUAAAUGUACAUAAUAUUAUCCAUUCAAUUGUUUCACUCUCUCUGACCAAUACUUCAAUCUUAAUGUAAAUAGGAACAUACCAAUGAUAACUUAGUAUGGCAUAAGCUUUUACUGGAAUAGGAUAUUCUAUAUUACCUUGCCACAGAAAAAGCCAUUACUCAAUUUUCUGUGCAUCCCCUGGAUCAAAUAAACUUGAAAUGAGUGCAAACCAUAUAUUCGACCUUAUAUAAGGCUGUAGAUUGAGAAUACAGUAUGAAAGAUAUAGUGUGAAUUUCAUUUUUAAGCCUGUUUGUUGUUGUUUUUCUUAGUUGUCUUGUCGUCAGCAUGGCGUUUUGAAAAUUUUAGCCAUAACUCAAAACAUACAAAUGAAAUUUUGUUCACUUGUUGCUAGAGACAAUACACAUAUGUAUAGCAAAUGCAUGGACGCUCGCUAUGCCAUGCUCUGGUUUUGUCUUGCAUCCAGAAAAAUUGUGCUCAAGUAUAUUUACUUCAAAAGAAUUCUAACAAAUUAUCUAUAAAACUUUGUUUCAUUAUCAAAAGUAAUGAUCUCUCUUUUUGCUGUACAUAAGCAUUUGGUUAUAGAAUUUAAUGAUGUGUUGUCUUGCAUUAUUCUAGCAUUUUCUUAUCAUGCAUUGAAUCAUUUAUCUUGUUUAUCAUAUCUAAAUCCUUGCAAAAAUACAUGGUUGAUUUUAAGCACACUGCUGGCUAUUUUAUUAAAUAUCUAGGAGCGGUUUCAUUUUUUCAUGAUACUUAUCCUAAGAGCGACUUCUUUCCUUCUUGAGAUUUAUCCUUGGAGAAGUUUGGUUCUGACAUGAAAAGGAUUGUAAUUCACUCCGAUAAUUAAGACCAACAGGCUCUUGGUGAUCAAACAAUAUUAUGCUGCAUGUAGACAAAUGAAUUCAAUGAAAAGGUAUAUUUUAACAGAUAAAUCCAUUGAUAUUAUUGUGAAUUGUUGCAAGAAACAUGGAUAAAAUUUGUUUCAUUACUUUCAUUGGAAUAUUGUUUCUUUUUCAUGCCAAGCAUGUAUUUAUGAGUAAUAAAUCGAUUCGCGUCAUGUCAUUUUAGCCUGCAUUCAUUUGUUGUAUCAUUUUAAAUUGAGAGUCCUAUAUAUGCCAUAAUUAUUGGCAUUUUCCAGCUGCCUCUUAAUGCAGACUGGCGUGUAAGAUAGAUUGAUGACAGAUCUCCAAUACAAUUCCAAGCAAAUGACGAUAUAUUUUCUUCUUGAAAAGGCAAUAAUACAAAUGACAUUAGUAAGAGAAGACCAAAAUCAUUAAGUUAUAUUUAUGGCACCCUUUAACCAAGUUUUUGAGAUAAUACUAACUGUUAUAGCAUGUAUUAUUGGGUGUAUUAUUUCAAUCACGAUGGUUGCUGUUGACAUAAUUAUUUUUGCUAAGUUGUUAAGGACAGCAUUCAAUAAAAAGCAUGCAUCUUCGCACAGUAGUUAUAUUUAUAACUGUAACGCCUAUUCUUCUUGUAACCAUUCAGAUAUGGAAUAUUAAUGUGUAGUCGAACAUGAAGAAAAUGCUCUCAAACAUGGUGCAUUGCUAUUCACAAUACUGUAAUGUAGGGCCAGGUCCUUUUUCAUGUGCUGUUAUUUAAACAAUGACACACACACAUAGGUAAAUUAUUGCUUUUGGUUUUGAUUUCUAUGUCUGAUCAAUAAUUUAAGGUGCUAUAUGAACACACUGCUUCAUAAAACAUAGGUUGAAGACAUGAGAAAAUUAUUAAAUUUUACCACAAUGUGUUACACAUAGUAAUUCUAAUGACAAUGGGAUUAUAUAGGCUUGAAUUUGCAUCCUUCAGUUGAAAUAAGUUUUUGUCACUUAAGAUUUGGUGUUUAUUUUCAUAUGAAUAGAUGAGGUAACUCAAAUCAAAACAUUUUGAAGAGUGUUAAAAUACAUACAGUGGAACCUGGUUGGCUCGCACUCAGAAAUUCAAGGCAAGCGGGAAUGCUUGCCUUCAGUACAAAGAAAUCGGUCCUUUACAUCCAUAUUGAGCGAACGAGGAAUUCAAGCCAAGUAUGAGGUCAAGCCAACAGGGUUUGACUGUACUUUGGCACAUUCAUUUUAGCUUUUAAUGUAUCAUUGUCAUGGACCUGGCAUGUAGGCUUUAUAUUGUGAUUUUAACAAGCUGGUAUAGUGUCAUUGCACAAAUAAUAGUGUUGUUUAGAAAUGUACAUGUAUAUUUAGAUUUGUGAUCAUCAAUCAAUCCUUAAUAAAUGCUUAAAGUAC